AUGUACCAGAAGUCAAAACUCAUUAGAGGUCAGAUCCUUCAAAGUGCAGAGAAUCCGUAUGAAUGCAAUGAGCACAGAAAAGCCUUUCACCAGCAAUUAUCGGUAACUUGGCAACAGAGACUUCACACAAGGACAAAAUCUUAUGAAUGUAAUGAGUGUGGAAAAGAGUUUACUGGUAAAUCAAGCCUAAUCAUACAUGAGAGGGUCCAUACAGGGCAGAAAACUAAUGGUAGCAGGGAGUGUGGAAUAGGUCUUUCUCUUAAGUCAAACAUGAAUGCACAUCACAGAAUGCACACUGGGGAAAAACCUUAUGAAUGUAGUGAGUGUGGAAAAGUUUUUUCUCGUAAGUCAAACCUCAAUACUCAUCAGAGAAUCCACACAGGUGAGAAACCUUAUGAAUGUAGUGAGUGUAGAAAAGGCUUUUCUGAUAAGCCACAGCUCUUUAGACAUCAGAAAAUCCACAGUGGGGAAAAACCUUAUGAAUGUAGGGAGUGUGGAAAAGCUUUUUCUCGUAAGUCAAAUCUAAUGGUACAUCAGAGAAUCCACACAGGGGAAAAACCUUAUGAAUGUAGUGAGUGUGGAAAAGCUUUUCUUCAGAAGUCAAGCAUGAUCAUACAUGAGAGAAUCCACACAGGGGAAAAGCCUUGUGAAUGUAGUGAGUGUGGAAAAGCUUUUUCUCAGAAGUCAAGCAUGAUCAUACAUCAGAGAAUCCACACAGGGGAAAAACCUUAUGAAUGCAGUGAGUGUGGAAAAGCUUUUCUUCAGAAGUCAAGCAUGAUCAUACAUGAGAGAAUCCACACAGGGGAAAAACCUUAUGAAUGUAGUGAGUGUGGAAAAGCUUUUCUUCAGAAGUCAAGCAUGAUCAUACAUGGGAGAAUCCACACAGGUGAGAAACCUUAUGAAUGUAGUGAGUGUGGAAAAGCUUUUUCUCAGAAGUCAAGCAUGAUCAUACAUCAGAGAAUCCACACAGGGGAAAAACCUUAUGAAUGUAGUGAGUGUGGAAAAGGCUUUUCUGAUAAGCCACAGCUCUUUAGACAUCAGAGAAUCCACACAGGUGAGAAAUCUUAUGAAUGUAGUGAGUGUGGAAAAGCUUUUUCUGAUAAGCCACAGCUCUUUAGACAUCAGAAAAUCCACAGUGGGGAAAAACCUUAUGAAUGUAGGGAGUGUGGAAAAGCUUUUUCUCGUAAGUCAAAUCUAAUGGUGCAUCAGAGAAUCCACACAGGGGAAAAACCUUAUGAAUAUAGUGAGUGUGGAAAAGCUUUUUCUCAGAAGUCACACCUAAUCAUACAUCAGAUGAGAAUCCACACAGGGGAAAAACCUUAUGAAUGUAGUGAGUGUGGAAAAGCUUUUUCUAAGAAGUCAAAUCUAAUUGAGCAUCAGAGAAUCCACACAGGGGAAAAACCUUAUGAGUGUAGUGAAUGUGGAAAAACCUUUAAACACCAUUCAGCUCUAACUACACAUCAGAGAGUCCACACAGGAGAAAAACCUUAUGAAUGUAGUGAUUGUGGAAAAGCUUUUUCUCUGAAGUCAAACCUAAUCAUACACCAGAGAAUUCACACAGAGGAAAAACCAUAUGAAUGUAGUGAGUGUGGAAAAGCUUUUCCUCAGAAGUCUACCCUAAUGAGGCAUCAGAGAAUCCACACAGGGGAAAAACCUUAUCAGUGUAGUGAAUGUGGGAAAGCUUUUUCUCUGAAGUCAAACCUAAUCAUGCAUCAAAAGAUUCACACAGAGGCAAAACCUUAUGAGUGUAGCGAAUGUGGAAAAGCUUUUGCUCAGAAGUCAAACCUACUCAGGCAUCAGAGAAUCCACACCGGGGAAAAACCCUAUGAAUGUAGUGAAUGUGGAAAAGCCUAUAGACAGCAUUCAUCUCUAAUUAGACAUCAGAGAAUCCACACUGGGGAAAAACCUUAUGAAUGCAGCCAGUGUGGAAAAGCUUUUUAUGAGAAGUCAACCCUAAUCAUGCAUCAGAGAAUUCACACAGAGGAAAAACCAUAUGAAUGUAAUGAGUGUGGAAAAGCUUUUUCUCAGAAGUCAAACCUAGUCGGGCAUCAGAGAAUCCACACAGGGGAAAAACCUCAUGAAUGUAGUGAAUGUGGAAAAGCUUUUUCUCAGAAGUCAAAUCUAAUUAGCCAUCAGAUAAUACACACAGGGGAGAAACCUUAUGAGUGUAGCGAAUGUGGAAAAGCCUAUAGACACAAUUCAGCUCUAAUUAGACAUCAAAGAAUCCACAGAGGGUAAAAACCUUAUGAACGUAGUGAUUGUGGAAAAGCAUUUUCUCCAAAGUCACACUUAGGCAUCAGGGAAUCCAGACUGGGGAAAGAAAUCAUUUGA